GUAAUAGUUCCGGUGUAAACUUCCGGUACAGUUUUCUCAUGAGAAAGAAACUUUGUUAAUUUUUUGUGCACAAAACUGCACAGCAGAAAUGAGUUCUGCAAGCAAGGUUGGUGAAAUAUUCACAGCAGCAGGUGCUGCCUUUACAAAACUAGGGGACCUUACUCUACAACUUCACCCUACAUCAGAACAAAGUCCAUCAAGUGGAAAGUGGACCCCUCAUGAAGUGGACAUGCUGAAGAAUGCUGUCAAACGGUUUGGAGAUGAUCUAGACAAUAUAAGUGAAAUAAUAAAAACUAGGACUAUAUCUCAAAUUAAAACACAAAUGAAGAGGAAGGCAUAUGAAGAUGCAGGACUUCCACAGCCAACAGAACCAUCCCCUAAAAAGCAAGCUGUGAGAGCAGAAAAGACUCCGCAAGUAGUUACAGUUACAACAGCCACAGUUAGUGCUUCAGUAGAAUCUCAGCCCAAAAAGCAACCCCAGAAUGAUGUGACAUUAAGUGCUCUAAAUGCUCCUGAAAGUGAUGUAGAUAUUGAAGGAGAUUCUUCCUCAUCAAAACGGUUAGAUUUUGAUUCAGAUGUAGAUUCCAGCAUGUUGUGAACUCAGUGUGUUAAGAGUUCCAGACCAUGGCAGCAUUUACUAACAGUUAGGUCUUCUGUGACACACUGAUGAGCGAACGGCAAUUAUUUAUAUUUCAACACUUGGAUCUGCAGAUUUUACAUUGUUUGGAUUAAAGGCUUGAAAUUCAAGCGAUUCCUGUUACGUAAUCAUGUUUAUUCUCCACUUUUAUUGAUGGUUCAUGCUGAAGGGGAGUUAACUUGUCUUCACCUUAAUGUGGGAGAUAACUAGUCCUCUUCUGCUCAAUUUUCUUGUCGAAAUUUAAAAAUUGUCUUAUUAUGAAAAAGUGAAUACAUGCAAUUCUGGUACUUAAAUUAAAAUGUGAGUUGAUCAAAGUGAACAAAAUACAUGUAUAUGUGAAACAAGUAAUUUAUUUACAAGUUCAUGUAAUAAAUCUAUGCCUACUGCAUUGGUUGUUGCCCCUGAUAUGUAUACAUACCUUUUAAAAUAUUUCAAGAGUUCAAAAUUACACAGAGUUUCAGAAUGAAAAUUAAAUUACCCUUAACUUUAAUAUGAUGUCAGGAAAGAUGCAGUUUGUUGAGAUGUACAAGAACAAAAAAAAAUGUAGAAUAUCACAAAUGAAUUCAAAAGAAAAAAAAAUACCCAUAGAUUAGACAGUAUGUGUUAAUUAAAUAAUGUUUUGAACCUUUGGAAAAAUGUAUGUUGUUCAUUAGCAGGCAUUUUUUUUUUCAUAAUUUUUCAUUCAAAACAAGCGUGAUGGAGAAAUUGGUGCUAGACUUCCAUGGAAUACCUUUUCUUGUCUGUAUAACUAUGUCUCAAUUAAACUUUACAAAAUGUGUUUUCAUGUCACAUUAGCAAUCCGUGGGUUGGUACUACAGUACUUUGUGGCUCACUCACAUUGGAGCGUGUCUGAGUCGAUAUCUGAUAUUUAGAAUAGUUUUACUGUUCAUAUUUUACAUGUAUCACUAUAUCCUCAUUAGAUGUGAAUGUUUUAUCAUUUUUUUGGUGUUUUAGAAGAAUUACGUUAUUAAAUACUGUGAACAAAAGAAAAGAGUUUUGAUUUUUUUUUCUUUUUUGAGUGGUAUUUUAUAAUUGUACAAAGUAAAUUCUCACAUAUGUAGUUAGAAUUAUCAUUGACUUAAAAGUCCAAUGGACCAGGUGUUUUAUUUCUGUAAAUGUACAUUCUUUAUUGUAAACCAUUGUCACAGAAAUAAAUGAUUUACUUUAAAA